GUCGCCUGUGGUCUCUUGGAACAACGACGCAGGCCACAGGUGUUCAAAGACGCUUCUCAGGACAGGAGGCGGCUUAAGCGCGACUGCUGGCACUUUGGCAAGCCCUGCCAAAGGACACACCCGGAGGCCAGCCAGAACUGGAGGAGGGGCCAGCCAGAGCUGUCACUUCUCCCGGAGAAGUCCUUUCACUUCGGCGGAUUGCUUCACAGCCAUGCCCCGGCCCUGGGUUCUGCUGUCUCUGAUACUUACCUCUAUUCCUGGAUUAUUGUUCAAAAGCAUUAAUGCCCAAGUGACUGAUGCCUACUCUGAGGGGUCAGAAUGGAGGAAGAACAUUUUUCAAAAUAAUACUCAGAAAAAAAAAGGCCUGCAUCGUGGGGGCCAGUUCUGCUGCCAGCCGUGUCUUCCUGGUGAAUGGAAAGCUGAUGACUGCACAGUUGAUGAGGGAAAACCAAGAUGCAAGCCCUGCCAAGAAGGGAAGGAGUAUACAGACGAAGAACAUUAUUCUUCUAGAUGCCGAAGAUGUCAAUUUUGUGAUGGAGGACAUGGUUUAGAAGUGGAAAAAAAUUGUACCCGGACCCAAAAUACCAAGUGCAGAUGUAAACCAAACUUUUUCUGUAGCACUUCUGUGUGUGAACACUGUGACCCUUGCAUCACGUGUGAGCAUGGAAUCAUCGAGGAGUGCACACAAACAAGCAAUACCAAAUGCAAAGAACAAGGAUCCAGAUCUAACUUGCUGUGGUUGCUUGUCCUCCUGGUCCUGAUUCUAGCAAUAGCUUACGGUCUGAGAAGAUACAAAAAGCGUAGAAAUAAAAAUUAUGAAUGCCAGAAUGCUGCAACCGUCAUUUUGGAAACAGAACUAAUGAAUUUCUCAGACAUUGACCUGAGCCACCAUAUUCCUAAUAUUGCUGAACUAAUGACACUAAAGCAAGUUAGAAAGUUUGUUCGGGAGAAUGGUAUCAAUGAAGCCAAAAUAGAUGAGAUCAUGAAUGACCAUCUCCAAGAUACUGCUGAACAGAAAGUCCAGCUGCUUCGUACUUGGUAUCAAGUUCAUGGGAGGCAAGAUGCCUGUAAUACUUUGAUUAAAAGUCUCAGAAGAGCCCGUCUUUGUGCUCUUGCAGAUAAAAUUCAAGAUAUAGUUAAAGGGAACCUUGCUAGUGAUUGUAAAAAUUCUAACUCAACAAAUAAAAAGGAAGGACACAGACUGGUCUAGAGUGAAACACAGCUAACUCAGUUCUGAGUGCGAACAGUCAAUUGGAAGGAACAUAAGUGUGUGAAGAAGGUCUUCACAGCUGAAGACUGUGAACAGUGCUUAGCAUUUUUAUGUAUUAGAUUUGUAGAGCUAAUAUAUUUAUAGAUUUUGAGGAAGUCGUGAUUCUGCCUUCAAGAACAAUUGACAUCCAGUGACGAAGACCAACAUGGUCAAGAAAAAAAUGCAAUGACAUAUUAAUUGCUCCAACAGGAGUGUAUACAAAGGACAAAGGACUAGCAUCAUGCUCUAGUAUAGAUUCUGCAGGUAUGAAUGUCAUUAGU